AAUCUGUCGGUAUAUUGAAGACAAUGAAAAUUUUAAACAAUCAUCAUCAUAUCGUUCAAAGUAGUACUCGCAGGUAAUUUAAAGUCCAAUUCGAGAACUAGGUAUACCUACGUGUGCUAAAAUGAUCACGUCUUUUAAUGGAACAGAUCUAGAAGAUACCGGAGAGAUGAUACCGAAGACUAACAUUAAUUUUGACAUAAAAGAUCUGCACAGAAAUGAUAAUGGAUUCGUCAGAAAUCCUUACUACAGUUAUAAAUAUAACGAAAUUUACAAAAAAUCCAUGGAGCAUCCCGAAGAAUUCUGGGCGCAAGUAGGACAACAGUUAACUUGGUCUAAACCGUGGAAAAAAGUUUUGGAUAAUUCUAACCAACCGUUUACAAAAUGGUUUGUUGGGGGAGAGCUAAAUGCUUGCUAUAAUGCCAUCGAUCGUCAUGUCGAAUCGGGAAAGGGACAUAAAAUCGCCCUCAUUCAUGAUAGUCCCAUGACGAAUGCCGUGCGCAAAGUUACAUAUGGCGAACUUCUAAACAAGGUUUCUCACUUAGCGGGCGCUCUCGCGAAAUUUGGAGUAACCAAAGGCGACCGAGUCAUCAUCUACAUGCCGUUGAUACCGGAAACUGUCAUGGCCAUGUUGGCUGUAGUUCGCCUUGGUGCUGUUCAUUCUGUUGUUUUUGGAGGAUUUGCCGCCCCUGAACUUGCUCAUCGUAUUGAACACGCACGACCGAAAGUCAUCAUUGCCGCUAACUGUGGACUUGAACCAAAUAAAAUCAUCAAAUAUAAGGAUAUUCUGAAUAAAGCGAUUGCAUGGUGUUCGUUCAAACCAGCAAAAUGCGUCAUUUUUCAAAGGCGGAAUAUAGAGACAGCUGCUUUGGAUAAAGAUAUGGACAUUUUGUGGGAAGAUGCUUUAAGUUUGGCCGGUCCACAUCCUUGUGUUCCAGUCGAAGCAAAUGAUCCACUGUAUAUUUUAUACACUUCGGGAACUACCAAUAAGCCGAAGGGAGUACAACGGCCAGUUGGUGGGCACUUAGCUACGCUAGCUUGGACUAUGUGGAAUGUGUACGGAAUGGGUCCUGAAGAUGUUUGGUGGGCGGCCAGUGAUUUAGGAUGGGUUGUUGGACAUUCGUACAUUUGUUAUGGUCCGCUUCUCUAUGGUAUAACGAGCGUGAUGUACGAGGGGAAACCUGAUAGAACUCCCGACCCUGGUCAAUACUUCCGUAUUAUAGAGCAGCAUGGAGUAAAUGCUUUGUUUACGGUGCCGACCUCCUUUCGAGUUAUAAAAAGAGAGGACCCCACCAUUCGUUUUGGACGUAAUUACGACACUAAAACCCUUAGAUCGAUAUUUGUUGCGGGAGAGCAUUUAGAUUAUGAAACCAAGAGGUGGGCGCAACAUACAUUUGAAGUGCCUGUUCUAAACCAUUGGUGGCAAACUGAAACUGGGCACGCUAUUACUGCUACUUGUGUGGGAUUAGACCAGCACCUAGAUCCCCCUAAGUUUUCUACCGGUAUGCCGUUUCCAGGAUAUGACGUCCGUGUUUUAACAAGCAGAGGUAAAGAAGCAAAACCGAACGAACUCGGAAGACUAGUUAUCAAAUUACCAUUGCCACCUGGUACCAUGAGCACCUUGUAUCAGGCACCCGAACAGUUUUGCAAGAUCUACUUCACCGAAUAUCCUGGCUACUAUGACACAAUGGAUGCCGGGUAUAUUGACGAUUUUGGAUACGUUUACGUAACAGCGCGUGAUGACGACAUUAUUAAUGUGGCAGGACAUAGAAUUUCAACAGCAGCUAUUGAAGAUGUGAUCAUGGCCCAUCCAGAUGUAACCGAUACUGCAGUAGUCGGAGUGCACGAAUCAACUAAAGGCGAAAUACCACUUUGCCUAUUCAUUUUAAGAAAAGACACUUUGAAAACUCCAAAUUGUAUUCACAAUGAGCUAGUGACUAUGGUUCGCGAUACAAUAGGGCCAAUUGCCGCUUUUCAUUUAAGCGUUGCUGUUGAACAGUUACCUCGCACAAGAUCCGGGAAAACAUGUAGGAAACAAAUUUCCGAUUUAGCAAAUGACAAACUAUUAAAGAUAUCUCCAAGUGUGGAAAAUCCUCUCGCCUUCAAAGACAUUGUGGAAGGCCUCCAAAAAAUUGGAUACGCACGAAACGUCCCUCCGAAUUUCUUUCUUUGAUGUUUCGUGUACAUUUAUUAACUAUUGUAUUUUUGAGCUAUGGCAUAAUAAAACACUUUUUUGAUAAAA